AGGGAGAUCAGUUUUAAAAAGCAGAUAUCCAUCAUGGACCCCCGUACCAGUGCCCAGGACAUUAUGCGAUGUGACCUGUGUGAGACCGCUGUGGUACAGAUGCACUGUGAUACAUGUCUUGUCAACCUGUGUACAGCUUGUGUAGGAAAACAUAUGAUAUCUGAUGAAUCCAAGGACCACAAAGUCGUCAAAUUUCAGUCCAGGAAAUCUACUCCCAUCUACCCUGGGUGUAAAUAUCAUGACAAAGAACGAAGUGAAAUGUACUGUAAUCAAUGUGACAUUCCUGCUUGUGUUUACUGCAUUACAUCUGAUCAACAUCAAGGUCAUAAAAUUUUACCAUUAAUGCAGGUUUGCAAGGAAAAGAAAGAAAAAGUAAUUGAAGAGAGAAAUGAACUAAAUGAGACAAUUUAUCCCACCUUCCAGGACAUUGCCUUUGAUUUACAAAACAGAAUGAGUCAGUUAGAAACGGAAUAUGGAGAUCUCUCAACAGCCAUAACAAAACAUGGAGAGGACUGGCACAGAGAAAUUGACAAACUUGUCAAGAAACUUAAAGCUGAAGUUGAUGAGAUGAAAAACACACAGUUACAAACUUUACAGAAACAUCUGGACGAAAUAAACAAGACAAUGUCUAACAUCAAGGAUGAAAUUGAAUCACUUGAAAUCGUUACAGUCACUAAUGACAUGUCAAAACUAUUAAGUGUUGAAUCCAAUCUAUAUACAUACCGAGAUCUUCCAAAGAAAAAUAUGCCAUCAGUACCUAAAUUCAUUUCUGAAAAAAUUGAAGUAGAUGACUUUAGUAAACUGUUUGGAUCCUUAUCAUCAGAUAAACAUGGCUACAGCAUGAAGACAACACAGAAAUCACCAGAAGCUGGAUCCCCUCCUCCAGUCAAACAGCUGCUUGAUGAACCAGAGACUGUCACCACCAUAGACACUGGGUUUGGAGUACUUAACAAUGUGGCCUGUCUGAGUGACGAAGAAAUAUGGACAAGUGGACAUGACAGCACCAUGAAACUCUACAGCAUCAAUCAGGGAUCACUACACAAGUCAAUCACAACCAAGUCAGGGAACUGGCCAGAUGACAUAGCAGUGACAAAAAGUGGAGAUCUAGUUUAUACUGACACCAGUGAUAGAACUGUGAACAUUGUAAAGAAUGAGAAGAUAAAGGAGGUAAUCAGACUACAGAAAUGGAAACCUCGCGGUGUCUGUAGUACCUCCUCUGGUGACCUCCUGGUUAUCAUGGACAGUGAUGGUUACAAACAAACAAAAGUUGUCCGUUACUCUGGCUCCACAGAGAAACAAACCAUUCAGUUUGAUGAGAAAGGUCAACCUCUCUAUUCAUCUGGUCAAUAUAACAGAUACAUUACAGAGAAUGGGAACCUGGAUAUCUGUUUGUCUGACGGUAAAGCUAAUACAGUAGUGGUGGUCAAUCAGGCCGGGAAACUGAGAUUCAGGUACACUGGACAUACUCCUGCUCCAAAGAACCAACCAUUCAAUCCACGAGGAAUCACCACAGACAGUCAGAGUCACAUCCUUACAGUUGAUUAUAUCAAUGACUGUGUCCACAUCAUAGACAAGGAUGGACAGUUCGUUCGCUACAUCGACCAUGGACUGUAUUAUCCCUGGGGACUGUGUAUAGAUACAAAUGACAAUCUGUUUGUUGCUCACACCAAAAAUGACACAGAAGUAAUUAUCAAGAUUGAGUAUAUGCACAUUAAGUAAACUAUGAUUUACAAUGAAGAUGCAUAAAAUAAAUUACUAGUAUUACGUGUAGUAAGUCACAUUUAGGCAGGUAAUAAACUGUACAGAAACCCCGUAUAUGGAUACAAUGAAGAACAAUUUAUUGCAGGUAGUUAAGGUCAGAUGAGACGUUCCUCAAAAUUUGUUGUGUAUAUCUUCGUAAUGUAUGAAAAAUAUUCAGAAUUUUAAUAACAUUCUGAUUUCUAAACAGUUUCUAAACGUUUUUAAAAAUCCAAAUGUAAACAUCUGAAAUUGGAAAAUAAUUUUCAGAGGAUCAGUAAAUCAUUUAGUCUUAUCCUUGCUACAAAGAUGACAGGUGACUCUAUAGAUCACUAAAUUUUUGCGACACCUUAUUUUCGCGAGAGAGUCCUUGACUUUUAAUUAGAGAGACAAAAUUUUCACAAAUUGUGGUUAUUGCUCUAUAUAAUCCUAAGGAAUACUAGUAUUAAUUUCUUAGAAAUAAAUUUUGCGAGCAAACUGUCAAGCGUAAUUACGCGAAAAUAAAGUUCUCGUAAAUAAAAAGUGAUUUACAGUAUUACUGGCUAUUUGAAGGUCAAAUGUCAUAAUUAUUCCAGUGUUGUAGUUACACCAUAUAGAACUCAAAAAUAUGUAGAAAACAAAGGAAACUUAAAUUUAUGUUUCAGAAUGCCAAACAUGACGUUCACUGAUGAUUUUAGGCACAAACUGGGGUAAAAGCCAAAUAAACUUGUAGCUUCUUUAAAAAUCAGAAUGGUCACUAUUUUUUGGAAUGGAUCUGUUCCUAAAACUUUAUAUCUAAUCUACGAGUGUAAAACCUGAGUUACAUCAUUCCUGCAAAUUAAGGAAUUGUCUUUUAUAAUUUCUUUUUAAUUUAAUAGAUACAUGAGAAUGCAAUUGCUGUCAAACAUUAACCCCCCCCCUUUUCUGAAGUUAAUUCAAGCAUCUCUCUACAGGAAAUGGAAUUAGUGUAUUUUAUACUUUCCAUCUGAGCAUCUCUCUUUACAAAUUUCACAUUCUGUUCUUCAAAGAGAUGUAAAUAUCACAAAUAAAAAAGCUAUAUGUGUCUGAAAAAUCUUCUAUCUUAUAAAGAUAAGCUUUGGAAGCACAUUCGUUGAAUACAUAUUACAUAUUUUACUCAAGUACACAUUAUAAAAAUUU